CUCUUGGAGCUUGACCCAUCUCAGUGGGGUUGGGAAGUUUGUAGAAUCCAGGGAGCAGGCUGCUGGGGUGGGGGGCAGGGUGGAGCCUCUACCCCGCCCCCUCCAGCCCCUGCAGGCCAUGGGGGACAUCCCUCAGAGGUCUCCUCUCUGACCACACAGUGUCUUCCAUGUCAAGUUCAACAUCACACCAUUCAACCCCGGUCACCGUUUCUGGAUACACAGAGGUAGACAACCCUAAGAGCGUGGACAUCAAGUAUAUGACAGAGGCUGUCUUCGUGGGAAAGUGACAGGGAAGGGAACACAGGGGCUCCAACCCUCUGGGACAGGGGUAUUUCUAAACAGGAAAAAAGGGACAGCUGUAGCAAAGGUGGCAAGAUACGUCAGCACUUCUUAACCUGAGAGAGGUGUGUAAAUGGCGCUCCUAUUUGCUGUGUACUUUUAGAGACCUAAAUUUCCUUUUUUGUAGAGAAAACCCAAACUACGCAAGAAGACAUGGAGGAAACAAACACAUAUUGGGAACACCUCCUGGGGAAGGCAGCUGCACCCAAGUCUCAGGCUCUGCUUUCAGGGGAACCCAGCCAAGACAACACAUCCAGGAGGCCAGGUCCUGGGGGAGACCCUCAGGAUGCUACUUCUCACAACAGCUCUGGAGAGGAAAGAACUGAUGGCCUGAAAGGUUCAAGUCCAAGUCAAGUCAAGUCCAUCUUCAGAUGGCCAAUAGCAGCAGGGUCACCAGGGAGCUCGCUGGAAAUGCAGACCCUUGGUGGGGUUGGGCCUAGCCCCCUCCAUUUUAACAAGCCCGCCAGGCAAGCUCCAAAUGCGCUCAGACCCUUGGGCACACAGAAGUGUGAGAAGCUUGGACCCGUGCAGCCGGGGAAGCCAGGAGCCAUGGCCCCAGUACGCUCUGCCUCGCCAACUCUGCCAGGGACCAAGCAGGUGGCUCCCACUUGUCAGAGGGGCCAGAAGCCUCCGGCAGGUGGUGAAGCAGCACGCUCCAUUUCUCCACGAGCUAGGGCCUGCAGAGGCUGGAAAGAAUGCAGGCUAGAUUCCUUGUGAGAGGACAGUGCUGCCUGCCUGAAGGCCACGGGCUGGGCUAGCCCUCCCAGCCCAGCUCCUUACCGAGCAGGGCGAACUUCCGAGAGAGAUCUUCUGGUUUACAAGUUCUGCCCUUGCCACCUGCUAGUACCCUGUGACCCUGGACAAACGGAUUUAACCUUUCUUGCCUCAGGUUCCUCCUCUGCAAACUAGGGGUGUGUUCACGGUACCCAUCCUGUGGGAUCGUUGUGCUUAAAAUAAUGAGGUUUUAGGACAGUAGUUGACACAGGGUGAGCACUUACAUAAACUAUCUGUUAAAUAAAUAGAAAUGAUUGGCAACUAUUCCCUCAUCAGAGGUUAUGAACUUUGCUGACUGCUUUUCCAGGAGGAGCAGUUGCCAUGGAGAUGGGGUGCGAAGGGGGCUCACCCAGGUGUUUGUCCGCUAUUGGUUUUCAGCCUCCCCCAUCACGCCAGGCGAAGAGGAUCCCUGAGGUGGUGUGAAUGGGAGAUGCCUUUGGUGGGAGUCUGCCCUGGGAACCUCUAAACUCACCCGAUCCCCAAACCAGGAGCUCUAAGUGGAGGCUCACUGUGAAGGUGGUUUUCCCACGGGAAACCCAGGCCAAUCUAGGAGCCCUCACA